CAGAGAGCACUUUGUUGUUGUUUUUUUAGCCCAGCUGACACCUCGAAUGCGCCCCGUACUCCAGCUCUAGAGCCGGCCGAUACCAACCCCCCACUGACAAAACGGAUUUGCUUUGUAACAAAAUGAUGAACGGGUUCCCGCCUGACGAGUUCCGACGAGACACCGCCGCAGAGCUCGGCUCCCCCACCGCCUCCGUCUCCCCAACAAUAGGGGUGGCGGCUUUGGGUCCCUUCAACGGGCAGGUGUGUUGCCUGCGGGAAGAAGGGGAACGGUGUAACCGGCCGGCGGGGAAUGCCAGCUUCAGCAAGCGGAUCCAGAAGAGCAUUUCUCAGAAGAAAGUCAAGAUCGACUUGGACAAAACAGCAAGGCACCUCUAUAUAUGUGACUUUCACAAGAACUUAAUUCAGAGUGUCAGAAAUAGAAGGAAAAGGAAAGGCAGUGAUGAUGACGAAGGUGAUUCCCCUGUUCAUGACACUGAUACUCCUGAGGUGGAUUUGUUUCAAUUGCAAGUAAACACACUGAGAAGAUAUAAGCGGCAUUUCAAACUUCAAGCAAGGCCAGGGCUAAAUAAAGCUCAGCUGGUGGAAAUAAUUGGAUGCCAUUUCAGGACACUCCCUGUAAAUGAAAAGGACACAUUAACAUAUUUUAUCUGCUCCGUGAAGAAUGAAAAGAACAAAUUGGACCACAAGUCUGACGGUGGUCUCCAUUAGAACACACAAAAGGUUUUAUGGACACUUGGAUCUGCUGGAGAUUUCCACAAGCUCUGCUAUGGAAUAACAUCUGUAAAUAAAAUAGUUUAUUUUA